GCCCCGCCCAGGCAGCGGCCGGCGGGAGGGGGCCGUUAAAGCGGCGGCGCGGCGGGGCCGGGCUGUACCGGAUCGAUGGAGCCGGGCGGUGACACGGAACCGGGGGGCGGCGGUUUCCUGUACUACGCAUACGGCAGCAACCUGCUGCGGGAGCGGCUGCUGCUGCGCAACCCCUCGGCGGCGCUCUGCGCCCUGGCACGCCUGCAGGACUUUAAGCUCGAGUUUGGCCUUCCUCAAGGCAGGACAAGUUCUGUCUGGCAUGGAGGUACAGCUACCAUUGUUGAGAGCCCUGGAGACGAAGUAUGGGGAAUAGUGUGGAAAAUGAACACUAGCAAUUUAAGUUCACUGGAUAAGCAAGAGGGAGUUGACGCUGGCAUUUAUGUCCCAUUAGAAGUUAAUGUCCACACUCAAGCAGGAAACGUACUGACCUGUCGAAGCUACCAGAUGAAGGACUACGUCCGUGGUCCCCCUUCUCCUCAGUAUAAAAAGGUUAUCUGCAUGGGUGCAAAACAGAAUGGCUUGCCAGCUGACUAUCAGAAGAAAUUAGAAGCUAUUGAAACUAAUAACUAUGCAGGGCCAGUGCCAAUCAUGGAAGAGAUUGAAGCUGCUAUUAAAGCAAAGAAAUAUUAAAGCAAAAUAAAUUCUGCAUAGAAUACCUCUGCACUUCCUUGGCCAUUCACCUUGAUUUAGAUACCUCUCCUCACUAUGCUGAUCAGCAGUUUAUUUAUCAAGAAAAGAUGGGUUUGUUGUGCACCUACAGUAAGCCAUUAGAUAUAAUUUGCAAUCUGAAGACACACUAAUAUUGGUAACUUCUUCACUUUGUAUGUAUAGCUUGAGUACAUGCUGAAGUUCUUGCAGAUUUGGAAAUGACCUUUUUGUAAUUGUCAUGCAGCACUGCGUGAAAUUUGUGCUUCAUGUCCUGUUUAUAGGCCUUUUAAAAGGGUAUUGACAUCUGUUGCCUUCCAAGGAGUAAGGGCUGCAGGAUCAGGCCCUUUGUUUUUAAAUGUUGUAUACACAGUUAUCAGGGAUGUCAAAGAUUUAAGUGUGUGAAGUACACUCAAAACUCUAAACCAAGACUAAACCUUUUUUCCUCUGCUGCUUCUUUUAAUGGUUUAAAGCCUAACCUAUCCAAAGCUAUGGAGCUCCUGUUUCUGUUUACACAGUGAAGAAAGCAGGGUAAAUUUUUUUUAACUAUCUCUGUGUUUGUAAAUGUGUUUAUUUUCAAAAGGUGACUAAAGCUUGAAGACAACAUUCAGCAAAGGAUCUCAUUCAAAGCAUAAUGGCCUCCUCCUUUCUAUGUCUAGUAAUCAUCAUAGAUGAACUGGUUAGGUAUAACCAACAGAUUUUGAAUAAUUCAUUUUAGUUACAUAAUUCCAAGGGUGUUUUUUUAUAACUUUUUUUGACUGACUUGUUGCUUAUGUAGGUCUUGGUCUCAUGUCCAGUGAAAUCAGGAAGUGUCAUGUGAGCCCUAGCACAUCUGUUUCAUGGAUUUGUUUGUUAAAUCCCAGAUGAACAGACUUAGCUUUUCCCCCCCCACCCAGCUUUGACAAUUUCCUGCAAAACUGAAAGCUUUUGUAAGGUUUAGAGUACUUAUCUUUAUGGCACUUGGCAGCCCCUGUAGGUAGUCUGUGGGGGAAAAAUUGACAACCUGGAAAAUGUGAAACAAAAAAGCUAUGGCUAAUCUCCUGUAUGGUGUUGGGGUUUUUUUCUGCGGACUUACAGAGGGGUGCAAGAUAAAAUUAGUGUCACUGUGUGAAUGCUUGGAUAGACAAAUGGCAAAGUAAUGGACUUACUAUGUCUUCUCUGCAUAAAAUUUUUUGGUAAACUUCUGCCAGGGAUGUAUAGGUGCUGUCCUGAUGUCAUAUGUCCAUUUCCAGAGUUGGGCACUGUGACUGCAGUGAAACAUGGUGCUUUCCGUAUUCAACCAGUCUGAAACUGAGUAAAUAAAAUUGUGAUUACCAAACCUC